UGCCCUGCACUUUGCUUUAUCGGUUAAAAUAUAUGCUGGAGACGGUCCCACAUCAGUACAUACAAAGUCACAUCGUUCUUUUUAAUCACAGCGUGGAAUUUCACUACAUGGACGUAUCAUCAUUUUUGUCCAUUGCCUGUUCUGAGCAGCCAGAUUGUCUCCAGUGUUCGCUGUAAACAGUGCAGCAGUUACCAUUCCCCCGUGCGUCCUGAGACCCAGCAUAUUAUCUGUAGCUUAACUUUCGAAAAAUAGAACUGCUGGGAAAAGGGUAUGUUGCCAAUUUUGCCCUCUAAAAAGGCCCUACCGGCCGGGUGCAGUGGCUCACACCUGUAACCCCAGCACUUCAGGAGGCCUGGGACACAGAGCGAGACCUCAUCUCAAAAAAAAGAAAAAGGAAAGAGAAAACAGACCCAGGUGUACAAGUGGGACAUUGAGUAAGUUACUCAUCAGUGUGGACAGAGUGAGGGGACAGGAUCAGGUGAACCACACAGGAUUGAGAAAGGGUGGGUGCCGGCAUCCUGAGGGCCUCCAUGGCCACAAAAGGAAAGUGAAAAUCUCUCAGGUUAGUUUGUAUCUUCUCUGCAUGUCACCCCAGACCCUCAAAAGGCCACAGAUGCUAGGAAGGAAGAUCAGACCCUAGUUACCCUGAAGAGCAAAACCUCAGGACAAUGACCUGGGCUGCUGUGUAUCUUUCCUGCAGGCUGGUCAGCUGUGGCCUCACAUCUGGGUGCUGCCAGGACCUGGCCUUUAUGCUCAGCACCAGCCCCAUCCUGAUGGAGCUAGACCUGCAGCAGAACAACCUGGGCGACACUGGUGUGCGACUGCUCUGUGAGGGGCUCAGGCAUCCUGCCUGCCAACUCACACGCCUGGGGCUGGACCAGACGACUCUGAGUGAUGAGAUGAGGCAGGAGCUGAGGGCCCUGGAGCAGAAGAAGCCUCGGCUGCUUAUCUUUAGCACAUGGAAACCAACUGGGAUGAUCCCUAAUGAGGGCCUGGGUACAGGAGAGACGAGUAAUAGCACGUCCUCACUCAAGCGGCAGAGACUCGGAUCAGAAACCGAGUCUUCCCAUGUUGCUCAGGCUGAUCCGAAACCCCUGGACUGGAGCAAUCCUCCUGCCAAGGCCUCCCAAAGUGCUGGGAUUACAGAGGGAAGCUCCCCAGAGAUAGAACAGGUGGAACCCUUGUGCCUGCCUUCACCUGCCUCUCUAGGGGACCAGGAUACGCCUUUGAGGACUGACGAUGACUUCUGGGGCCCCACGGGGCCUGUGGCUACUGAGGUAGUUGACAAAGAAAGGAGCCUGUACCGAGUUCACUUCCCUGUAGCUGGCUCCUACCACUGGCCCAACACGGGUCUCUGCUUUGUGGUGAGAGAAGCGGUGACCACUGAGAUUGAAUUCUGUAUGUGGGACCAGUUUCUGGGUGAGAUUAACCCACAGCACAGCUGGAUGGUGGCAGGGCCUCUGCUGGACAUCAAGGCUGAGCCUGGAGCCGUGGAAGCUGUGCACCUCCCUCACUUUGUGGCUCUCCAAGGUAAACAAGAGGGAAGGAUAGAGAGGAAGGUGGUGGUAAUUAUGGGCCUGAAAGGAAGUAUAGAAUGGGUAUUCCAGGAGAAACUUCAUGCAGCUAAGGUCUGGAGCCAGAAUGUACCAGCAGGGCCCGAGGGGACAAAGUCUGCCCUUCAGCUCCUGCUCCAGGCGCCCCCUCAUUCCCCACUCUCAGAGGUGGAUGAGCUGGCCCUCCCCAUUCUAUUCAUUGCCCUGGAAACGAUGACCUCACUGCCCGAUACAGGGUCUGAUUUAGGACUUGAGCACUGGUGCUUCAACACUGUCGUCGCUGAACGGGUGACGAGGUGGCAACUCAACUCUUUGCCUCUUCAGGAACUGGAGCUCUGCUAUCGAAGCCCUGGAGAAGCCCAGCUGUUCUCGGAGUUCUAUGUUGGCCACUUGGGAUCAGGGAUCAGGCUGCAAAUGAAAGACAAGAAAGAUGAGACUCUGGUGUGGGAGGCCUUGGUGAAACCAGGAGAUCUCGCAUCUGCAACUACUCUGGUCCCUCCAGCCCCCAUAGCCUUACCUUCACCUCUGGAUGCCCCGGGGUUGCUGCACUUUGUGGACCAGUAUCGAGAGCAGCUGAUAGCCCGAGUGACAUCGGUGGAGGCUGUCUUGGACAAACUGCAUGGACAGGUGCUGAGCCAGGAGCAGUAUGAGAGGGUGCUGGCUGAGGACACCAGGCCCAGCCAGAUGCGGAAGCUGUUCAGCUCGAGCCAGUCCUGGGACCGGAGGUGCAAAGAUCGAUUCUACCAAGCCCUGAAGGAGACCCAUCCUCACCUCAUUAUGGAACUCUGGGAGAAGGGCAGCAAAAAGGGACUCCUGCCACUCACCAGCCCUUGAGUCCUGGCUUUGCCUGACCCUUCUUUGGGUCUCAGUUUCUUUCUCUGCAAAGAAAGUUGCCAUCUGAUUUGCCUUCCAGCACUAAAGUAAUGGAACUCUGAUGAUGCCUUUGCUGGGCAUUAUGUGUCUAUGCCAGGGAUGCCACAGGGGGCCCCAGUCCAGGUGGCCUAACAGCAUCUCAGGGAAUGUCCACCUGGAGCUGGCAAGACCCCCGCCGACCUCAUAGAGCCUCGUCUGGUAGCCACAGCAGCCAAGCCUAGAGCCCUCUGGAUCCCAUCCAGAUGCAAGGAGGAAUAGGUGGGACAUGGAACCGUCUGCCUCUGACCGUGUCACAGGGUGAGCCCCAAAACUGGGGUUCAGCGUGGGAGGCCACGCGGAUUCUUGGCUUUGUACAGGAAGAUCUGCAAGCCAAGAGCAAGCCAACUCAGUAAAGUGGAGGGAAGUUUAUUCAGAAAAUACAGGAGUAUUACAGCUCUUUGAGAAUUUGCCUAGCAGGCUUUCCAUUUUUACCAGAAAACCCCUAUAAAUUAAAAUUUUUUUACUUCUAUUUUUAAAUUUAAGAAUUAAAAAAUAUAUUAAAAAGAAAAAGUGAAAAUAAAGGAAUAAAAAGUUGCAUACUCCA